UGAAACAGCUCGGUGUUUAGUUCGCGAGGACAUUUUAUUGUGAUAAUAUCCGUAAUCUUUGUAUAGAUGAUUUAGUUUUUGCCUUUUCUUUGUACAUAGGAUCAUGACGAGUGAUAACAUUUAAUAGUAUCGAAGAAUAGAUUAUUGUUCCACCGAAAUCCUAAACCGCAACGAUUUCCAUUCUGCCGAGAUAAUUAUAUCCGAUCCUAGCAGACUUUCUGUCUCGGUUUUCUCUAAGCUGUGACAAGAAGUAGUGAAGAAGAAGACUGAACAAAGAUGAUUUCGCUAGUGGAGCUCCCAGUGAAGUUGAAAGUGGGACGUUUUCCUCUGAUGGUGGCUUCACAGUGAGUCUUGAAACCAAAGUUUUGGUAAUAACAAACGCCAGUAACCAGAAUCAUUCAGUGGGGGUACAAAUUUGGGUGUGUUUGGAAUACCCCGGAAACGAUAGUGAAAGCAGCAGAAAAUCAAUGGUAUGCAUUAGAACUGAAAGGUUUUUCAUGUUUCCAAAGGAUGUGUUUCAUGUUAAAGCGCCAUUUUGACGUCUUAAAAAUGCAUACAUGAAUUUUCCUUCCGAUCUGCGGUGUGACAUGGUUUAAGCCUGUGCUCAUCGCGAACAAACCGAAGGGACUCGCAAGUUGUGAGACGAUGCACACACGAACAUAAUCAGCCUGGAUUAAAAAAAAAAAUCAAAGAGUUACAUACAGCAGCUUCGAUUUUCUCGUUAUAGUGGCGUUGCGUGUCUUGGUUGGUGGUAAUUUAAUGUGAACCCAGCUAGGAAGAAAAAGACCGCCCUACGUUUUACUGGAAAGCGUGAGUAAUAUUGAAUGUAAAUCGGAAACGGCAGCGUCGCGCCACUAGGUAUGCUACAUAAGUGGAGAAAAUAAAUGGAAUACGAUAAAAAGUGGUGCAUUGUUCACAUGCCGCCUAUGGCAAUGAGAUAACUGGCUGAUGAAUCGUAACAACGGCUUGCGAAAAUCGUGAUUAGGUGCGUAAAAUCCAUUUCAAUGGAUCAUCCACUUGCCAGACAGAGGAGAAGUUUGAGAUUUGCUCGUGAUUCAUUUCGUUGGUAUAAUCAAUAAAACAAUAUCAUUGUGUGCAGCAAUUGUGAAAGCCCAGUGAAAAUAAAAAUUAUUUAUAAUUCAAAAUCAGUGAAAGACAUGCAAUAGUUAUGUAAAGGAAUAAUAAUUCGAGUACACCGACUGGAGCAGUGAGAGAAUGAGAGUGAACGGAAUACCAUGUGAAUGUUGAAUACUGUACAUAAAUGUGGUGCCAACAAACCUAGCUGGUGGUAGCUUGUAGUAAAUUGCUGCAAAAAAGACGAACAAUCAGUCGAGAAAACCCCAGUGGUAAUGUUCCGCUUGCUGGAGUAAAGUUACCGUUAAUUUCACAUUUCUCUCAACGAGUGUCAAUAGUGACCCGACCAGUUCAUACUUCUACAUUGCUUCUAUUUCUGUUGGUCUGGCAGAAAAAUCGUGCACUGUGGAAUUACUGUUCGAUGCUGACUGAUGACAGAUACUGAGGAUAGACCGUCACGCUACAUUACCCGUGCAAGAACCGGUAUUGUGAGAAAAGAUUACUCCUUCUGUUGGAUAAACGUCGCCUAAUGACGUCCUACAAGCAAUGGGGGGAUUGCUAAGGAUGGGGUGCCCACAGGGCCCCUUUAUAAUUAAACAAUUCAACUGAUAAAAGUUUGAUAAAUUUUUAUUUUUACUGCAUGCCAACGCAACUCCAGCACUCUUCGCCGACAGAAAUAUCAUAUCAAUACCCGCAGGUCGAAGGUCCUGCUCUGCGACGGUGUGCGUGUGGAGAAGCAAUUGUUCAACUCCUUCGCUUCAAAUGUCAACGUGCCGAGGAAAUUCUGUGGAAUUAUUAACCAGGUUGGAAAACUUCUUCACAGGCGCACACUAGGCGUGUAAAAUACAGUCCAAUCGGUGGAAAACGCUGGGAGGUGUAUUAGUUUCUUGCGUUUCUACGUAUCUUUUGUGAGUCAGUGUCGUCUACUGUGGAAGUUCGGUGGCAUUGCCGGAUUAACAACCUCGCUACUAAAGCAAUCUCUGCUAGGCUAUGGAUGAGGAAAUUGAUCCACGCACACUACGCGAAAAAUUGUUAUUUUACACGACUGCAUUUUUUAUCCUGCUCGGCACCUUUAGCCUUUUCGCCUUUCUGUUCCUGGUACCGUUUGUGAUUGAGCCAGCUUUCACUACCAUUUUUAUGCAAUUCGAUGAGUCACCUGCAUUCUGUGUCACCGUCGACUUAACGCAUCUGUAUGGUGCAAAGAACUGCAGUUGGGCGUCAUGUCGCGAAGGAUGCACCAAGGACAUUUACGAAUGUCAGCAGAUUCGAGUCAACUACAAAACGAGCGCACAGUUAGCAGCAGCUGAGGGUACAGAGGAAACCACAACCGAUGAUCCUUCAACAAUGUUCACAGCUGCUUCUGAAGCAGCAACAGCAACAGCUACAAAAAUCACUGGUGAUAGUAGUGUUAGUAACGAUAAUAGCAAAAGUAGUCUAAAAAAUAAUUUGAAUAAUGCUAGAGCAAGUAGUGAAGUAAAAAAACAAAUUUAUACCGUGGACAGACAUCCACCCUAUACUUUGUUGGGCGUGAGCAGAUUCGAUUCGGCACUGAACCGGUUCGAGCGAGCCAUCCGCGUAGACUACGACUACAGUGAUAUGCUGGUAGAUGAUAGGAACAAUGGUUUCGGUGAUCACAAAAAUGGUAUCAUUAGUUCCAUCAUUGGAGAUGAUAACACCCUGAUGGAGUAUCCAGAUGAUAUGAAUGAAAUGGCGGGAAAUGAAUCGGAAUGGUUCUUCAGCGGUGCCCGCUUGUUUCCGAACGUGAAGGGCUGUGGUUAUCCACCGAUGCUCAACUGCACAAUUUGGACCAAAAAGUACUGGAAAGUUGGCACAAAUUUCACUUGCUACUACUCACGGGUCGAUCCUGGUCUGGUAAUUAGUGACCUCGAUAUGUGGCAGAACACACUGAAUCUUGUGUACGCCACGGCAAUUCCCAUUCCAUCGUUCAUAAUCUCAGUAAUUUAUCUCGCAUUUGCUUACUUUGUAAUUUACAAUGAAGAUGAAGAAGCAGCGUUAUUGGAUAAAGAAGGCGAGGAGGAAGGCGCUGAAGACGAACUGAAUGAUACCGAUGAAGGGAAUGAUAACAAAAUCAACGAAAGCGAAGUAGAACUGUCGGCUAAUCACAUCAAUGAGAACGAAUGUGACGGUGGGAACACAGUUGGUUCAAACACAACAACACCGAUCCAACCGCUACCGAAUGGAAUGGCCAACUCGAUACCCAAUAUUAACAAUACCAACACAAAUACAACUGCUACUACCAACACAAACGGUUCUUCGAAGCCUAUCACGCCAAAUUCAGUAUCCGAUAUCAACUCCUUUGGUCACCAGCUCAAAGUGAAAAUGGCAGACGAGAUGUCCCGGGAGAGCAUCGACGGAGGAUUGCUGUCAAACUCGGCCUCCAUUCAAGGAAACUUGAGCAAGACGAUGACGACCAGUAUCUCAACUCCUCCUGGUCCGAUAGCCGCAGUCUAAAGCGCCAGGUACACGGCUUGGACGAUGUUAAGUUUAAAUUUACUAAGUAAGGGAAAGCUUUUCUUAUGAGUAACGAAUGACAUCAGAUACAAACUCUAAACAGGCGAUAUUUUUUUUCAAUGUCCAGCAUCGCAAUAGCAAUUAAAAGAAAUAAAUGAUAAAAAAGCAAACUAUUUUAAACUAUACGCGGGCUCGUUUUUGGAGAAAGUUGUAAUACAAUAUUCAAUGAAAGUUUUAAAAACAUGCACAAAAUGUCAACAGACCAGUAGCAGGCAGAAUCAUUACAAAUAGUUAUAUAAUUGAACGAUUUUUUUCUAUCGUAUGGAAUGGAAUAGGCAUGAAAAGUUUCGGCACAAUAUUCGGACAUCUGCUUUAUGCGUUUCAGAUUUCAUCUGAACUAUUGAUAGGAAUAGAGUUUGCAAAUGUUUACCCAAAUUUUAGGAAAGCGAGUAUUAUUUGCAGCCGGUAUAAAUAUAUAUAUAUCUGAAAAAAUAUCAUACUUCAAAUUUUCAAAUCAGUAAUUUUAAGAAAGGUUAUUUUCAGGGCUAAGUCGAAAAUUUGCAAUAGAAUUCAUCAUUUUACAAAAUACGCUAAGCAAUGUAAGAGUGCAUUUAUCAUGUAUUCAUUUAUAUCAUUACUCCAUCAAGAGAUCGUCUAAUGAUUUCGCCACAAAAUCACAACAUACAUUCAGGUUUAUAAAGAAAGCAGAACCACCACUCGUUCCUCUGUAUUCUUCAAUUCCCUCCUGAACAGUAAAAUAAUUAAUUACUGGCGUCCAAGAAGUUCAUAUGACAUUACCAAACUAAACUAAACAUAACAACACUGUUUGUUGGAUACAACAUGAACCCACCAACUCCUCCGGUGUAUUUUACACAUACCUUUGAAAAAACACAAUGGCAAAUUUUACUAAACCAAAGUCCAAAGACCGAACAAUACAUACGACACGUUACCGGUAAAACAUGGUCAACAAAAUUCACAACUGCAAAACAUCUAAUCGAGGAGCCGUCCACCACACAAUGAGCUGACGAACGGGUGGUCUUGAAGUUUGGGUGAAUACAGAAAUUGGAUAGCACUAAAAACAUAGAAAAGAAUAGAAGAUGAUCUCAUUGAUGAACUUUCGCUUGUUUUAUUUCAAGGUGGUCAAAAUACCGUUCGAUGUAACUCGAUCCAUAAAAAUUGCUCGCAGGCGACGCUGUUGGUAAACUGUGUUAGUUUUCUAUAGAAGAUGUUUUGAAAUAUUUUUAAAACAUUUUAAUGCUAGAUCGUUACUGACCAGGUAUUCUAAAUUGAAGUGAAACAUUUUACUGCGAACAUUUUAUCACGACAGCUUCAUUGAACUACGUUGAAUGUUCUGCCAAAAAGCUAGAGAUAUGUAAUGGAAAAUCAUACACAAAUAUUAAUCUCAGUCGAUUAGUUUCGUUUAAUCAAAUAAGUCGAAAUGUUACGAAACCGUUUCGCAGUCGAAAGUAGCCUAUCAGCAGAAUAUUUAGAUUUGGAGCCAUUCAUAAAUUACGAAAUGUAAAAAUUUCCCAAUAUUGAAUCACCAUUUCACGAAUUCCACCAAGAUUCGUCCGAAAAUCUUCAAAAUCGUGACCGACAUCUUCGAUUCCGAUGAAGGCGCAAAUUUUUCAAAGGGGGUAGAGGCUGUUUCAUGCAGUAUUUUCCUAAUAAAUGUUCGAUUAUCGUAUUUUGUAAAGCAAAACUAUUCGAGAAAUAGUUACAGGGAAUGAAUACUCCUGCGUGAAAAAAAUUAUACUGAACAAGAAGUUGCAAAAUAAAACUAAAAUUGAUUCUAAAAAUCGAAUUACAAAAAAAACCCGUCUUUUUAUUUUUUAUCUUCUCUCAACUAUAUUGCCAUCUCUAUCUUCUCUCAACUAUAUAGGCACCUAUUAAGAUUAAUUUUAUUUUUAUCUUUGUAAUUUUUGCGACUCAAAAACAAUGUUUUCGGAUAAAAAAUAGCUAAUUUUAUUGUUCAGAAGGAAAUCACCAAUCUGAAAGUUUUCAAUGUAGCUCAAUAAAAAGCAAUAAGAGUUGCCAAACUACUAACAAAUAGAUUUCAUGAGAUUAGGAAAUUUAUUACUUCAUAUUCCUGCUUUACGAACGAAACGAAGGGGUGGCAAUAUAGUUGCCACUGCUUUGUAAAGGGUUACAGAGAAAGAAAACAUUUCAAAUGUAAUUGCAUCAUGGUUAAACUAUCAGUAAAAAAGUUUUGCCACCGAUAACUUUAAAUAUGUUUGAAAGUUUCGUGCUAAUUGACAAACAGGUUUGUCAAAAUUCACUUACAAUUUCCUGUAAACUAUAUGGUCUGAUGAUCCAACUGAAGAGUUGAAACGUAUAUUUAUUGUUUUCUCAUUGCUUUCAAAUAAUUCUCAAUAUCGCCUUAAUGUCAAAAGCAAAGUUACAGGAAAUGUUAUGUGCAUGUUGAAAAACCUAUUGCUCUCGAUGGAGGAAUGCGAAUAACAAAAAGGUCAAAUAUAAAACAGAAUAUUUUUUUUAGGAAAAAAAAUUAAAAUAUCUGAAAAAUGACUAUUUUUUAGAAUUUUUUAUAAGCGUUUUUAAUUGAAACGGUACUUAAAUCGUACUCAAUGAGAACAUUGUAUUUUUGAAUGCAAAUAUUAUAAAUUUUAAAAAUACGUCAAAAGUUGUUGUUAGGAUUUUUUUUAUUGAUAGUUUUUUAAUGAUGCAAAUACACUAAAAACUUUGUUUUUGCUUGAAACGAUAAAUAGUUGAUUGUUGAUUGCUGUUGAUUGAGAAACAAGUUUAACUUAUAAAAAGGGCACAAUUGAACGGAUUAAAUGAUGUUAUUGAUAUCAAAUUCCAAAUACCUCGAAAACUAUUAAAUUUUGUAGAUUUUACCUCAAAUCAUUUUAAUUUGAAAUGACAUUUAUUCAUUCUUUAUAUUCACAUAUUCUUUAGUUAAAUAAUAGUUUUGCCUGUCAAUUACAAUGAAAUUUGAAUUUUUUUCUUUCAUGGCAUUUAUCGACUAAAAAAUAAAAUAAAUGGAUGUUUUGUAAUUUAUUUGCAAACAAACAUUUUUGUUUUUGUGCAAAAUGCAAUACUUAUUUUUCAGUAUAGACUUUGUCGCGCAGAACUAUUUAUUUCCUUUAACCUAUUCUCAGAUAAUUUUGCUGUACAAAAUUCGGUAACUCAAGAUUUUUUUCGAACGUAAUGCAAUUAAAAAUUACGCCCUUUUGAAAAAUUGCUCUUGCGUCAAGAUUUUUCUAGUCGUCUAGAAAACAUGGAGAUUGAUAAACCGAACGUAACUACAAAUCUUUGUUCGAAUCGGCGGUGGUUAUGUUUUACGGCCGGCCGUUUUCUCAUGGAAUUCCUGUAAUAGGUAACGAAACAUUUUAAUUUAUUUUUCUCAGUAAAAACAUCUGACGUUACGUACUAGCUAUCACUCCCUCCCCCUGUUCCAAAAUGUCACAUUUUUUAUACUCCAUCUUCCCUAAAUAUGUUCCAUAAUUUAUGAAUGGUCAAACUAGCUUACGCUACGCUACUGGUUGAGUACGAUACCUCAAAUCUUGCAAACGUAUUCAAUUAUGUACGUCUUCAAUGAUUUCAAAGAAGCAUGAUCUUUAGCUUUUUAAAUGAGCCAUAGGUUCUGGUUUUAAACAUAGACUAGCGCCAAGAUGUUGAAUUUCUUGCGUCUACUACACAGAAUGUGAAAAACGAAGGUUGCUUACGUUGUUACUCUCAUAAAUAACUCAUUAAUAAGCGCUAUAAAUUUUCAUAUAAUUUGCUUGUUGUCAUAACUUUCAAAGAUGAUGAAUUUACUUUUUUAUCAUAUAUAGCAUCAUGGGAGAGAAAAUAUUAAUCUAAAAUUCAGAUCUUUGAAUAGCACAUUGCAGCUUGGCAGGUUAUAUAAACUAUUUACGAGGCAGAGAUUCUACGAAUUGCAGCAUUAUUAGUGUUACUAAAAAAAAUCAAAUGCGAUGAUUUAAUGCAAGUUUUUGAGCACACAAUCACCAAUGAGGCAUAAACUACUUAGUUUAAAUCUAAUAACCAAAGAAAACUAAUAAUAAAAACGAAAAUCGUUUAAUUGAGGAACUGUUUUUUCACAACUGUCGGAAUCAAACUCUGAAAAAGCACCAGUGGAACGAUAAUGUAAAUAGAGUAGUUACAGAGCUCAGUUCACGAUAACAAUAAAAAGGAGUUUAACGAAGUUUGCGCUUACUGAAGCAUUUGGAUCAAGGAACUAAUUCAACACAACCAGAAUAUUAAAAGUGUACAGCUUUUCUUCAGCGCCAUGACUUGUUAUUGCGAAAAGCACAAACAUAUGCUAAAAAUACGUGGCGGGUCAUUGGAAAGAUUUAAAGAAUUGUAUAUUUUCAACUAUGUAUUGCCUUGUCAUUGCUAUUAAUUUAAUAUUUAUCACAGACAGAUAAUAGAUGAAAUGAUAAAAUCUACUACGAAUAAUUAAUAAAAUGUGAAAGCUUUAA